AUGGCGGUACAGACCUCCUUACCAGCCUUGCUGGACACCCUCACCAACUCGCUCUCGUCAGCGCUCGAAGCCACCCCGAAGCUCGCCGGUAUCAAGCCCACCGCCGACAACGUCUCCCUCCUCGACGUCAAGAACGAGCUGCUCCUCUCCUACCUCCAGAACCUCGUCUUCCUAAUCCUGCUCAAGAUCCGCAAUGCGAAAAAGAACCACAACGCCACCGGCUCCGAUGCGGGCUCGGCCGCCGACGACAAUGCGUCAGAACUAUCCGACGCCGUCGUCAAGAAGCUCGUCGAGCUGCGCCUGUACCUAGACAAGGGCGUGCGACCGCUAGAAGAGAAGCUGCGGUUCCAGCUCGACAAGAUGCUGCGCGCCGCCGACGACGCCGAUCGCAACCAACGGGCUGCCCAGGAGGCAAAGGACGCCGAGUCGUCGGAAUCCGAAUCGGACUCCGGCUCUGACAAGGAGACCGGCGACGGUGUUGGCGAGGAGGGAGGCAAACCGGCAAAACCCAGCUUCGGAUUUGCCCCAAGCUUCAACAACUUCGCCAAGGCCGCAGCGCCGGUCGGCAUGGCAGCCGCAGCAACCCAAGACAAGACGGGCGUGUACCGCCCGCCCAAGAUCACGCCCACCGUGAUGCCCACGACGGAGCGCCGCGAGCCGCGCGACCGGCGCCCGCUCAAGUCGGCCACGAUGGACGAGUACAUCAAGGAGGACAUGUCGUCGAUCCCGCUGGCGCAGCCGAGCGUGGGGACCACCAUCGUGGACCGCGGCCGCAAGGUCAAGACGGCGACGGAGCGCGCCGAGGAGGAUCGCAAGCGGGACUACGAGGAGACCAACUUCGUGCGGCUGCCGAAGGAGAGCAAGAAGGACCGCGCCAAGAAGAGCCGCAACGAGGGCGGUGGCGGUAAGAUGAACUUCGGUGGAGAGGACUGGAGGGAUCUGGGUGAGGGCGUGGACCGUAUUGAGCGGUUGACGAGGCGGAAGGAGGGCGGUGGUGGUGGGACCAAGGCCCUGCUGGAGAAGAGUCGCAAGAGGGGCAGGGAUACGGCAGAUAGUGGCCGUGGCAGUGGGCUUAGCAGUGGUAUGAAGGAGAUGGGUGAGAGGUUCAACAAGAAGGUCAAGGUCAUGGAGGGUGGACGCAGAGAUCGAGGCAAGCGAUGA